GUGCUCUCUCUCUCAGUGCAGGAUGUUCUGCAAAGACGUUUGCUCCGAGACCCUCUAUGAUGUUCUCCACGACGCAGAGUAUCGCAAGAAAUGGGACGAGAACAUGAUCGAGACCUUCGACAUCGGCAAGCUGACAGUUAAUGCAGAUGUUGGCUAUUACGCUUGGAGAUGUCCAAAGCCGUUGAAGAAUCGGGACGUGGUCACGCUGAGGUCUUGGCUUCCAAUGGGGAGUGAUUACAUCAUCAUGAACUACUCGGUCAAACACUCGAAAUACCCACCUAGGAAGGAACGAGUUCGGGCGGUUUCAGUUCAGACUGGAUACCUGGUUGAAACCAACAGUGCCAAUAGCUGCACCCUCACUUACCUGGCUCAGGUGGACCCGAAAGGCUCAUUACCAAAGUGGGUGGUGAAUCAAUCAUGGCAGCGUCUAGCUCCCAAAGCGAUGAAGAAGAUAUACAAAGCUUGCCUGAAGUACCCGGAAUGGAAACACAUGCACGCUCCGGCCUACAAACCCUGGCUGCACCCGGAACAGAGCCAGAUCCUCACCAUCCAGCUCUCUGAGCUCGCCAUCCAACAUGCCGACUCCCUGGAAAACAUCGACGAGAGCGGAAUUCCCGAAACCCGGGAUGACAAGGCUGAUGCCAGUGACGAAGACAGUGUGAACUGAAGAAGCAUUGUGCCCUCCCAACACGCCUCAUGUGCCAUGUACCCAAUAAAAAAACACUUUCUUUAA